ACAAGAAACACGGUUGCUAUUAAAAUCUUGACUGACUCUAUGUUCAGUUGUUAGUUGAAACGUCACACGGAAAAUGAGAAAAAUCGGCGUGUUGUUUGAAUAAAUAAAAAAAUUAAUUAAAAAAAAUUGGAAAUAGGUCAGUGUGCAUAGCCUGCCUAUUUUUAGAACAUUCGGUGUAUAAAAUAGGCGAAACUUAUAUAAUUCGCAGUCGGCAUUCCAUUUUAGAAAUUAAUAAUUAUGAACCUGUGCUCGAGCACCAUCUCAGUUUUCGUGCUAUUGAUUGCAAUAGCGAUAACAUGGCUAGCGUUUUCACCGGCUACAGUUCAUUGGAUUAUUAAAUUUUUGCAAAAUGUCGAUUUCGAAUCGUUACCCGUCGUUCAACUACUACCGGAAUAUGAUUUUAUUGUGGUCGGUGCCGGAACGGCCGGAUGUGCAGUAGCCAAUCGAUUAUCCGAAAAUCCGAAAUGGAAAGUGUUGCUCAUCGAAGCCGGUCAAAGUGAAAAUACUGUUAUGGACAUUCCGCUGUUCGUUCAUUUCAUGCAAGGAUCAGAGAAAUUGAAUUGGCAAUACAAAACCGAGAAAAGUGAAAGCGACUGUUUGGGUAUGAAGAACAACCAAUGCAAAUUUCCCAGAGGCAAAGUAAUGGGCGGCAGCUCGGUUCUUAACUAUAUGAUGUACACUCGAGGCAAUAAAAAGGAUUUCGAUGAUUGGGAGAAAAUGGGCAGUACUGGGUGGAGUUUCGAUGACGUUCUGCCGUAUUUUAAGAAACUCGAAAAUUACCAAAUUCCGAAUUCCGAUCCUAGUUUCUAUGGAUCGUCGGGACCGGUAACUGUGCAAUACGUUAGUUACAAAUCGGUCUUGUCUACCACUUUCAUUGAUGGUAUGAAAGAACUGGGCCUCUCCGAGUUAAAUUACAACGGCAAGAAACAAGCGGGUGUCUCGCUUAUUCAGACUACAACUAAGGAUGGUUAUCGGGUUAGUUCGAAUCGGGCGUACAUCGAUCCGAUAAUAUCUCGCCCGAAUCUUCACAUCCAGUCAUCAACGCUCGUCACGAAAAUUUUGAUCGACGAGGUGAAAAAAGUAGCGAACGGCGUUGAAUUCUACCACGAACGAAGAUUACAUACUGUCAAAGCGACAAAAGAAGUGAUUCUAACGGCCGGUGCAAUAAACUCACCACAACUGUUGAUGCUUUCCGGUAUCGGACCUUCCGAGCACUUAACUGAAAUGGAAAUCAAGCCAAUCGUUGAUCUACCAGUGGGUCAAAAUUUCAUGGACCAUGUCGGGCCCGGUUUCAUGUUCACAGCGCAAGGCAUUAAAAUGCCUAAGGAGGAAGCGGAAGAGGUUGGAAGUGCUUUCUCGUAUUUUUCCAGUAGAUCCGGCCCAUUCACAAUGAUCGGUGGCUGCGAAUCAGUGGCAUUUUUCGAUUCAAAUGAUUUUGGCAACCCAGAUGCUUAUCCGGAUCUCGAAAUAUUCCAAUUGGCUGGCUCGAUACACGACAAUACAGAAAUGAAGAAAAAUUUCAACUUUAAAGAGGAACUGUACGAAAAAGUGUUUCAACCGUUAGAGGAUAGAAAGGCAGCCGGGUUCGCGUUAGGGGCGUUCAUUCUUCGACCGAAAAGUAGAGGUGAAAUUAAACUGAAAAAUAAAAAUCCGUUUGAUCAUCCUCUGAUCUAUCCGAAUUACUAUUCACAUCCCGACGAUGUUGAACUGUCCAUGAAAUUAAUCGACAAGAUUCUUGCGUUGGAAAAAACCGAAGCGUUUAAACACCUCAAUUCGACAUACUACCGUACCACGCCACCCGAUUGCUUAAACUUUGAAUACGGCAAUGCCAUGUAUUGGGAGUGUUAUAUACGCCACUAUACACACACAAUUUACCAUUAUUCGGGUACAUGUAAAAUGGGCCAACCCAGUGAUAAGAGUACAGUUGUUGAUCCACGAUUGCGUGUGUUAGGAAUCAAAAAUUUACGUGUUGCUGAUGCCAGUAUAAUGCCUGAAAUUGUAUCAGGUCAUCCGAACGCUGCCGUGUUUAUGAUAGCUGAGAAAGUGGCUGAUAUGAUCAAACAAGACUGGAAUUUUUCGUAGGGAAAAAUAUUUACCGAUGAAGUCUUAUCGGUGCUGAUAAGAACUCAUGAACAAAGUUUUUUUUUUUUUUUAAUUUAGUGUAACGGUUACCAAAUAUAAUGAAACAUAAAAUUGAGUGAUAUUUUG